UCAGUCACACAAUUCAAAUUUGACUUGCUAACCGACCCCCUUUAAAUUAUAUCUUAUUUAUCCGCUUUUGAUUUAGUGGUUAUAUAACACACCAGCGAAAUGGCGGACGUUUUGGCGCGCAUAACGCGCAUUUCGGAUAACUAUCUCAAGGAAAUGGAGGAGGCACCGGAGCCGCAAGGACCUCCCAAGCUGACCAAGGCCCUGAAGAAGGCCGCCAAGAAGGAGGCCAAGCUGCAGGCCAAGUUCGAGGAGAAGCGUCUGAUUAUGCGGGAUGCCCUGAUGCGGGAACUGGAGAUGGGCAAGCGCAUGGAGGAGAAGGGCAACGAGGAGUGGCACGAGAUGUGCCGCGAGAUCAAGAUCAGGGAGCUGAACGAGGAGAUGGUGGCGUGGGGCGAUCGGGCAGAGCGGAACAUCCUGGCCAAGAACGACCACAUCAAGAUGCUGCUGGAUGACAUGGCGCAGACGCAGGACCAGCACGUGCGCAGCUUCAGCAAGACGGUGGAGCUGAUCGACCACAUCCGGGACUGCUUCCACGUGAUGCUGGGCGGGGUGCGGAACAUGUACGCCCAGCAGGCGGACGAGAUGCUGCGUGACUACUACGAGGAGGUGCGCCGGCGCACCGAGGAGCUCGAGGCGAUGCAUACGCACUCGGACAACAUCAUACACGCCACGAACAUCACCACCCGGGACCAGAUCAAGGAGGACUACACCAUCUAUUUGGAGCAGCGCGACGAUCGCGUCAACACCGAGAUUGAGAACAGGUUCAAGAUCCGCGACCAGAUCGUCUGCCGCAUGACGCACAUGCAGCAGCAGCUCAACGACUUCGUGGAGUCGCUACGGAGCACCGAACUGGAUGCUCACAAGUACGAGAAGAUCCGCUGGCUGACGGAGCGCCAGGAGGCCUUUAUGGAGGAGUCGCGCAAACUAAACGCCGAGGAGUCCAAGUACAUUAACAUGCAGGCCGAGCUCCAGCGCGAAAUGCUUCGCAUGGAUAUCGAGAACAACUCUACGCUCAACGAUCUCCGCCUGGAGUUCCAGUACUUCACCAACGUGCGCAAGAAGAUCGAGCUCAACCAGGAGAUGGACCGGAAUAUCACGCAUGAGAAGCUGCGCAUCCUCACCGGCGAGUGCUACGAGUUGACCAAGGAAAUGGAGAAGCAUGUGAAGAGUGGUGAGUUGCUUCUGGCCCUGUCGAUCACCUGCAGGAAACUGCAGACGGAGGCGGAGAAGGUAAUCCUGGGCGGCGAGGUGUUCGACGAUACCGAGCUGCAGGAGGAGGAGAACUUCAAGCUGCAGACCCUCAACCUUAAGGAUCACGUGGACAUGACCGAGGAGGAGCUGGUGGAGCUGAACAAGAGCAUGAAGAACUUCUGGCGUCGCCAGGCGGUGGCCGAGGCCCAGAACUUGCUGAUGCUCGAGGAGAAGCGUCGCCUCACAGAGGACAACCAACGCCUGAUCGACUUCCUCAAGUCCAAGACGGUCACCGAGGAUCCCGAGGAGCUGCGCACCGCCAUGCAUGUGUCCUCGCCGACUCAGCCGAUGCCACCCAAGGUGUUCGACUCCAAGUGCCAUGAAUCGAAAGCCAGAAAAGUCCUAAAGUCGCCGACGGCACACAAGGAAGCCAAAUUUGAGUCGGAAGCCGUUUUGAAAGAUGUGAUCUUGGAUUAUUCUUAAAUUGUUCAAUCUAACUUUCGUUUAAGGGUUAAGAGAUACAAAUAUUCUUUUAAAGUGA